UCCCACCGGAUGUCACGGAUGUCAGCACUAGACUAGUUCAUGGACUGUAUUCUUGUGUGACAGUGUACAGCUGUCGAUGAAAAAACAGCAAUGGCUGGCAGCAGACUGGAGAGGUUUGGGACUGUAUUCACCCGGGUUCGAGAUCUGAUGCGCUCUGGGGUCAUAAAGCCUUCACAGAAACCCAUCUGGUAUGAUGUUUAUGAGGCUUUUCCACCCAAGAGGGACCCACUUCAUGUGAAGCCAAACUCCAGACCCUGUACCAAGAAACGGGAAGCUGUACCAGAAAUCUUCUACAGAGAGGAUGAAGUUAGAGCGAAAUUCUAUGCGCUGUACGGGAUGGGUCCUCGGCCUUUGGAACUGUCAAAGUCAAACUUUGUUUCGACCUGUCAGAGGUUUGUAGACAAGUACACAGAGUUGAAGAGCCACAGUGAGCUGGAGGACUCUGCUCUGUUUGAAGAGACGGGGAAGGCGUUACUCUCAGAGGGCCUCAUGCUGAGAAGGAAGGGAGCUCCUCCUGUGUCAGCAGAGUCCAGGGAUCCAGUACUUGAGCUGAAACUAACAGACAUGCUGGCGGAGCAGCAGUCAGUCGGUGCUGACAGCGGGGAGACAGAAGAGACCACACACACACACACACCAUAGAGCUCGGUUGCUCAAGGCCCUUUGAUCCUCCCCACCCCAAACACUGUCCGACUUAAAGACUCUGUCGUUUUCUUGCUGCUCCUCUGGAAGUGAUGUUAUCUGUAGAAAUGGCUUUAUUUUAACUGCCUAUUUAUGACAUGGCUGUCUUAGAUAUCACCAUCAGGAAGUGCUCUGUGGACUUUGUCAAUGCCGGCUUCCUGUUUCCUGAACUGAUGUCACCUAGAUGUCAGUUUCCACAGGAUGUUGACAUUAAAGAAUCAAAAACUAUGGAUGUAACAUUAAGGUCACAUUAAAGUUACUCUUGUGACAUGUUAAUAUAUUUUGGGAUUAUUGAGAGUUUUGUUUUUCCAGCAGAGACAUACUACUGGACUUUGUCUGCCAUCUCAUUCUGAAAUGAAAACCUCCUGGUACAUUUUAUUCUUAAAUAUGUGAACUCUUAAAAGCAAUCAGUGAACAUAUACUUAGUUGAGAGGAUAAGGUGAAAGUCGAAUGAUUAUGAAAUCUUUUUAAAAUAUGCCCCUCCACUCACAUUUUCAUAUUAAAAUGUGUCCUCAGAGGCUCAGACAACAAAAGAGCUGAG